AUGGGCGCAUAUUUUCGUCUGAGUCCGCAAUUUAUGCAAUUGGAUUGGCUGAAACAAGAAGAUACCACUCAUUUAAAGCCGUCCACUACGCCGGAGAAGAAGUGUUCCUUAGAACACGCGACACUAGAGGAGUCGCAUGGACGUAGAGUCACUCGAACAGCUAGCGACACGAGUCAAACGUUUACGGUUGAACAAAUGUGGAUCAGAACCGGCUUCGAAAAUUUUCGUCGCCUACUGGCUGACAUAAGGCGCGUGUGCGCAGUGGUUGAAGGCGCUACCGCGACGCAAACGUGGAAUCGAUCGUCACGCCCAUGGUUCAACAAGUCUUCCAUCACUCCGGACUCGGCCAAUUGGUAUCAGACUUGUCUGGGAGGAUAG